AUGACAUUCGAACGUAACACAGAAAAUGAGACUAAUUUUGAAAUAAUUAAUUUUGAAGAUAUUGGUAAUGAAAUAAACAGUCAUAUUGAUUAUACUAAAUCUACUUCUAAAAAUCACAAAUCGCUGUCAAUCGAUGAAAUAUAUGAAAUUAGUAAUUCAAAUAAAAACAAUAUACAUGCUGAUUAUCCAUUGAAUUCAGGAGAUUUUCAAAAUUUAAAAUAUUAUUUAAAAAAGCAUAGUUAUCUAACACAACCAACAUCAAGUACAGGUAGUAGUAGUAGCGAUGAAUAUUCAAUUUUAAAUACCGUACCAUCAUACCAUCAUUAUAAUUCACCUAACUCUACAUUUGAAACUCCAUAUUAUGACGCUACAAACGAUUUUUAUUCCGGUAAAAUUCAUACAGAUCUAGAUGAUGCCCAAUAUAAAUCAUUACCGUUAACAGAUGUUUAUCAUUAUCAUCAUCAUCAUAGACACCACCAUCAGAGACAUGAACAUAUUCCUCGUACGCCCGAUGGUGAACAACAAACUAUCGUAGCACAAGAUGAUUCAGAUUAUGCAAAAUAUUUAUUAAAUGAAGAAUUUAAUCUGCAAGAAAUUCAAGAGAAGGCGAUUGUACCACCGUUUGUCCUGGAUGUUGUGACAUGUGGGAUGCAAAAAGACAUGCGUUUACCUAUACCAAAAGAAAAUUAUUCAUUACAUUCUGGAGAAUUUGGUGAUGAUGCAGGAUUUACGGCACAACGAUCUAUGCAACAUUACUUAGGUGGUAAUAAAAUGUAUGGUUUUAAUCCAAAAUUAUUUUCCAAUUCAUUAAUGAAAAACUGUUCAAGCUUGUUUAAUACCGGUAAUUAUUCGGUACAAGAACCAAAGAAGUUAUUAUGUAAUGCAUUUGACUACGUACAAGAUGAAAACUGUUACGGUAGUUCAACAGCGUGUUUAGUGGGCGUUGAUUGUUCAACUGCUCGUUUAUAUUCUGUAAAUAUUGGUGAUAGUGGUUAUGUUAUUUUACGUAAUGGAAAAGUUCUCUAUCGUUCACGUUCACAAAAAAUGAAUGGUGAUUGUCCACGACAACUUGAUGUUUAUCCAUGGACAGCCGCAUUAAAACAACAAGGAUUGAAUUAUACACAAAUAUCAAGUCUCGAUGCUAUAUGUCAAAGUUUUCAAUUGACUGAAGGUGAUAUUGUUAUUCUAUCAACAGAUGGACUCUUUGAUAACGUUCAUGAUGAUAUGCUCGAAAGGAUCGUCUCGAAUAGUCAUUCAUUAUCACAUGCAGCAACACAGUUGGUCAAUCAAGCUGUCCGAUUUUAUUUGAAACCAGAUGAUAUUUUAAUUAUCAUCGCACGUAUACAACAUGCAUCAAUUCAACUUUAA